CGAACAGUCGGUAGAGGGGUACAAAAAAUGCAGAGCAAUAAAGCCUUUAACUUGGAGAAGCAAAACCAUGCUCCAAGAAAGCACCAUCAGCAUCACUACGAGCAGCAACAGCAGCAGCCACCGCCGCCAGCAGUACCUGCAAAUGGACAACAAGCCAGCAGCCAAAAUGAAGGCUUGACUAUUGACCUGAAGAAUUUUAGGAAACCAGGAGAGAAGACCUUCACCCAACGUAGCCGGCUCUUGGUGGGCAAUCUUGCUCCUGACAUCACUGAGGAGGAAAUGAGGAAACUAUUGGAGAAAUAUGGGAAGGCAGGCGAAGUCUUCAUUCAUGAGGAUAAGGGCUUUGGCUUUAUCCGCUUGGAAACACGAACCCUAGCGGAGAUUGCUCAAGUAGAGCUGGACAACAUGCCACUCCGUGGAAAGCAGCUGCGUGUGCGCUUUGCCUGCCAUAGUGCAUCCCUUACAGUCCAAAACCUUCCUCGGUAUGUGUCCAACGAACUGCCGGAGGAAGCCUUUUCUGUGUUCGGCCAGGUGAAGAGGGCCGUAGUCAUUGUGGGUGACCGAGGAAGGCCCUCAGGAAAAGGCAUUGUUGAAUUCUCAGGGAAGCCAGCUGCUCGGAAAGCUCUGGACAGAUGCAGUGAAGGUUCCUUCCUGCUCACCGCAUUUCCUCGACCUGUGACUGUGGAGCCCAUGGACCAGUUAGAUGAUGAAGAAGGGCUUCCAGAGAAGCUGGUUAUAAAGAACCAGCAAUUUCACAAGGAGAGGGAGCAGCCACCUAGAUUUGCACAGCCUGGCUCCUUUGCGUAUGAAUAUGCCAUGCGCUGGAAGGCACUCAUUGAGGUGAAGAAACAGCAGCAGGACCAAGUGGACCGCAACAUCAAGGAAGCUCGUGAGAAACUGGAGAUGGAGAUGGAGGCUGCUCGCCAUGAGCACCAGGUCAUGCUAAUGGGGCAGGAUUUGAUGAGGUGUCAAGAAGAACUUCGGAGGAUGGAAGAGCUGCACAACUAAGACGUGCAAAAACGAAAGCACCUGGAGCUCAGGCAGGAGGCAGAGCGCAGGCGCCGUGAGGAAGAGAUGAGGCGACAGCAGGAAGGAUUCAAGGGAACCUUCCCUGAUGCGAGAGAGCAGGAGAUAGGGAUGGGCCAGAUGGCUAUGGGGGGUGCUAUGGGCAUAAACAACAGAGGUGCCAUGCCCCCUGCUCCUGUGCCUGCUGGUACCCCAGCUCCUCCAGGACCUGCCACUAUGAUGCCAGAUGGAACCUUGGGAUUCACCCCACCAACUACCGAAUGCUUUGGCCAAGCUGCUACAGUGAAAGGAAUAGGGGCAAUUGGUGGAACCCCUCCUGCAUUCAACCGUGCAGCUCCUGGAGCUGAUUUUGCUCCAAACAAACGUCGCUGAUACUAAUAAAAUUGCAGUGUCUAGUUUCCCAAAACCCUUAAGAGAAGGACCCUUUUUGGACUAGCCAGAAUUCUACCCUGGAAAAGUGUUAGGGAUUCUUCCCAAUAGUUAGAUCUUCCCUGCCUGUACUACUCUAGGGCCAGAG